UGCUGGGAGCUUUACUGCCUGGAACAUGGGAUUCAACCUGAUGGUCAAAUGCCGAGUGACAAGACCAUUGGAGAAGGGGAUGAUUCCUUCAACACAUUCUUCAGUGAGACUGGAGCUGGAAAGCAUGUCCCCAGAGCCGUUUUUGUGGAUCUGGAGCCCACUGUCAUCGAUGAGGUGCGCACUGGGACCUACCGGCAGCUGUUCCACCCUGAGCAGCUGAUCACUGGCAAGGAGGAUGCUGCCAACAACUACGCCCGUGGACAC